AUGCCCAACUCCUGUCAAGAACUGCGCGACGCGCUGGCCCAGUGCCUCCAAGAAUCCGACUGCGUCAUGGUGCAGCGCAACCAGGCCGCCGACUGCCUCCGCGAGCCGCUCUCCGCGACACUCCCGACCAAGUGCCAGCAGCUGAAGAAGGGGUACGGCGACUGCAAGCGCGGCAUGGUGGACAUGCGCAAGCGGUUCCGCGGCAACAUGCCGGCGGCGUACAAGAGCGAGUCGAGCAACGGGCCGCGCGCGACCGACGGCGGCGGUGGUGGUGAUAAAGGGUAUCAGCUGUAUGCGGGCUCGUCGGCUUUUGGAGGCGUGGUCAAGGAAACGAGCGGUAAUGAACCGGUCGCGCCGGACUGGCGGGAUUUGGAGAAUGAGCGGUACAGGGCGGAGCAGGCGGCGCUGGCUGCGGCGAAUCGAAAGUGA